AUGCCCUGUGCAGCCUCCCUGGCUGAGCUCCAAGCCGAGGCCAGCUGCCUCAUCUGCCUGGAUUACCUGAGAGACCCAGUGACCACUGACUGUGGGCACAACUUCUGUAGCUCCUGCAUCCACCAGCGCUGGGAAGACCUACAGGACAUCCUCCCCUGUCCCGUCUGCUUCCACCACUGUCCUGACAGGACCUUCAAGAGGAACGUGCAGUUAGGUCAUGUGACCGAUUUGGUCCAGCAGCUUCCCGCCAGGAGGAGCAAGAGGAGACUGCAGGAAGGGAAAGCCCUGUGUAAGCAGCACAGUCAGCCUCUGUCCCUGUUCUGUGAGAAGGACCUGGAGCUGCUGUGUCCCUGGUGCAAGGUCUCCUCCGGCCACCUGGGCCACCCCCUGACACCCAUCGAGCGAGCUGCAGCUGACCACAGGAAGAAGCUCAAAAGCUACAUCCAACCCUUGAAGAAGCAGGUUGAAGAUGAUGAGAGGGGGUUAGAAAUGCAAGUCUCAGAAUCAUUUGGAUUUCGAAUGAAGAUAAGAAAUUACACUCUGAUUUUAAACAAUUUAAGAGGCAGUUUCGGCCACAAGAGCGUCCAAGGCACAGGCUCAGACUCUGAGGGUUCUCAGGAGCUGCAGACCCGAAAGCUGCUCCUGCAGGAUGCUCCACAGUCCUCAUGCUGCACAGUGCUGGACGGAUAUCCCCCAGAUAACGAGUAA